CCCCCCAAAACCCAAAAUACACACCCUCUUCCCUCAUACUCCGUGCUGUGCUAUCCCAACAGUGAAUCCGUAUUCCACAGAGGGUAAAAGAAAACCCUGUUUAGAUUCAGUGCAGCGCAGGGUGGGUGCAACGUGCAAGACCAAAAAUGGCCUCGGAAGAAGCCUGCAACACGGAGACCGAAGAUGAGACCAUCGCCCUCAAGAAGAAGCGUGCCAACCGGCGCGUGAGCUUCGCCGACGUCGAGAUCACCUCCGUCCACAUUUUCAACCGCGACGAAGACUUCUCUGAGGACCAUCCCGCUACCCCUAACGCUCCUCAUUCUGAGCAAGACGUCCUAGGGUUUUUCAGGGACCUCGCCGACGGCGACGAGUCCUCUCCCUGCGACGAGCAGGAGAGCAACUCCUUUUUACGCCCCAUCGGCUCUCCCUCUCCCGGAAGCAGCACUGUUGGUUCGGUCUCAGCCACUUCAAAUGACGAUGAAGACAAUUUCUUUGGGCCUGUAUCAGCGAAUUUCAUUAGACCCGAAAGGCUCUCCGACUCUGCUGCAUCGGAUGAUAUCACCAUGGAUUCCACCGCGUUUUCCAUGCAUUUCCGUAGUCUUGCUAGAUCAGAUUCUGGAGGAGGAGAACUCAAGACCCCAACCACAGCACAUCGUCUAAUUGCCUUUGAAGACAAUGCUACCCCGUCACGGACGGAUUUUUCUGCAAGUUUUAUGGUCCUGACUAAAUCGAAGAAGCUCUCUCUCGAUCAAGUAAGCAGUGGCGGUGGUGGAAAAGAUUCAAACGAGAUGAGUAUUGUAGGUGAAAACCCACGUAGUUAUGAUUACGGGAGGCUAUCUCCCAGAUUAGAUGCACUUCUGGCAGAAGGCAGCAAGGAUUUACAUGCAGUACCUGUGGACUCAAAGUCAUUGAUGAGGAAUGAGGAUGCCCAUGAUAUGGUGUCUCCGAUUGGUACAAAGAUGAGCGAGGCGAGUGGUGGUUCUUCAGACAGCCCCGCCCGAACUCCCAAGCAAUUAAUCGGAUACGAACCAGCAUAUUGCCCAUUGAGUGAAGGGAGGGUAAAAGGAAAUUCUCCUGAACCUCGAAGUAAUGACUCUGAUAUCAACCAGAAACCUGAGCAUCUAUCUGCAUCUUCUUUGGAUGGAUCCUUAUCUUUGUUAUCUUCUAAACAGUUGAAUUCAUUCGUAAGUACUCCUUAUUCAGCCAAACAUAUGGAGGUUAUGAUUCCUUCCUCAAAACUGCCAGGUUUGUAUUCAAGUAAUGAAAGCAUUAGUCAUGGUAACAUUCUGUCUUCCAUUCAGAAAAGCAUUUCCAAGUUUAAAAUUCCUGAGCCUUCUCCUUGUUCCUCUAGUCUCAAAGAGGGGAUCCAUAAAUUGAAGUGUAGAUUAUCAAAUUACUCUUCCAUGCGUUCUCCCUUUAAUGCUGUUAUGACUAGAAGUAGCGAAGGUCUUAAAUACAGACAUGUGGAUACCCCCAUUACUCAUUUAGAGGAGCACUUGUGUACUGCUGAUGUGAAGAAUGGAGAGGAUAAAAACUUGAUCAACAUAGAUGAUGGAAUUGAGACCUCAAAAAGCAUGGGUAAGUCUAACCAAAAUGAAGAGAUCUUGUGUCUUGCACAACAUGAAGAAUCUCCGUGUCACACGUCUUUCGGCCUUAUUUCUAAGGAUAAACCUAAAAAGCUAAUGACAGCAGUGGCUUCACCAUCUCAGUCCACUCGGUUGGGAGGGAAAGUGGUUCAGAAUUUCUUUAUGAGUGGAAAUCCGAUGGAAGGGACAUUGGCUACUACUGGAACUGAUUCCUCAUUAGUGGAGUUCACACUUGAUUACAGGAAAGAUAGGAAGGUGACUGGUACAGCUGAUAAAUUUGUUUCAUCUUCAGUAAUAGGUCAGACCUUGUCAACAUCCAUGGAAUAUCAAGGCAGUGUCUCCCCUCAGCUGGGACCACUGGAUCAGUACACUAAACUUGUUUCAUCCCCAAUGAAAAAUUUAUCACAAGCCUUAUCAGCAUCUUCAGAAUACCAAGGCAGUGUCUCCCCUCAGUUGAAACAGCUGGAUCAGUCUAAUAAACAUGUUGGUUUGGGGCAAUAUGGAGAUUCAACUGAAAAUGGUAUUGGUGAUAACUAUUCUAGUCAGGUAGGCGGCAAACUGGAUUCCUUGCUUUCUGAAAGUCGAGCAGAGUCUGCCUCACCCUUCUUGAAGACUGACCAUGUCAAAGAGUUUACUCAAGUAGAAAGGGUCUUUGACAUUAUGGAUUUUCAGUUUGAACAUGCAGAUAAGAACCUUCAAGCUGGAGCAGAGCCACAGAAAUUAUUUUUCCAUAGAAGUAAAAAUGAACCAUCCUUUGAAAAGAACCCAUCCAAGAAAGAUCCAGCCCAGAGUCUUCCCUUGGAAGAGUCGUCUCAGAGCUCCUACAGGAAAAAGUCGACUGCAAGUCCCACCAGCCAAGUGUCAAUUCUGAGCCCCUCCAGCCACGACCCAUCAAGUGCAUCACACAAUGACAUGAUGUCCCCUUUUGUUGGGAAAGUUGCCAUAUUUCCCAGGUCCAGAUUACAAGAUAUUGAUAACUAUUCUGGACAGAAAAGAAGAAAUGUACAAACCGUUUUUGUGAAUGGGGAUCAUAUUGACAAGUUGGCCAGGAUUGAAAGAAGUCCAAAAGGUCAUAAAAGUUGGGGUUGCGAUUUAGAGUUCACAAUCGAACAUGCUAAUGGAUCUAACAACGAAGGAGACAAGAUUGGAGGUGAUACAGCUUGGAUGCAUUGGGCUGAUAUCUUAGUGAAAUUCUCAGGGGAUGCAAAACAACUGCUUUCAGAGCAUAUUGAUAAACUAAAUUUGAAAUCGAUCUGUAUGCUGGAAGAUAUGGUGGUUUGCCUAUUGAAGGUUAAAAAAUAUGAGAUGCUUUCUUCCGAAAUCAAGUCUCAGACAAAAGCUGACCACUUCAGUAGCAUUAUGCAUAAAAGAGCUGCUGAAACAAGAUUGUUGCUGCAUAAAAUUGUAUAUGAAAAGGCCAAAUUACAAUUAAUGGGUGUGAAGCACAACAUAUUGCUGGAAAAAGGACGGCUAUUGAGAUCUGGAAUUCAGGAGUGUCAAAUAUUGAAGUUGAAAAUCGAAAAUAUAUUUGAAUGUGGUGCAGGGGAUGCUCAAAUUCACAAAUGUCUUCCUCAAUCUUCAAUUGAUUCUGAGAGCAUACAUGAGGUUUCUUAUGACAAAGUGACCACAAUGAAGCAGAAAUCUGAAUUUUUAGAUAGAAAAAUAGAGAGCUUGGUCAAAUUCUUUCACUCAAUUUGCAAGAUGAAAGGAGAACCAAGCUGUGCCAACACUAUUGCAUUAGUUCAUGAUCAGCUGAAAAAUAGAAUGUGUUGCAGCUAUAUACGCCAAGAUUUGCAGCUAUGGGAAGUUGGUGGUUUUGAGAGUGGGAAUGGUCGUUAUAGCAUUCUCCUCAACUAUAAGGGCUACAUCAACCAAAGAUUCACAGUAAAUGCUGGUCCAAUAUCAAGCGUAAUCGUCACAAGCAAAUUGAGUGAUACCAACAUCUUAAAGAACUUUCCAAACAUUGAUGCUUGCACUGGAUUUGCAUUUGUGCUAAAUGCUGAGACUACUAGGAAGUAUGUUGGAUCAAGAUGUUUGGCACAAGAGACACAGAUCUCCAGUAUACUUCUAUGCAAUCUGCUUGAUGUGGUUGAGGAAGUUCAGUUAACCCAGAUAGAGGUCACAAAUCUGAUCCAUACAUGUUUUCAUUCUCCAUCUGGUGACCAGCUUAAUUUGCAGCUAUGUUUCAUUGAUUUUUAUAGUGGUUGGAAAGUGACGCUGACUCUUGAUUUGACGUGUUUGAAUCGUGGUGUUUAUCCUUCAGAGGUUCUUCCGAAUGAAAUCCGAGCUCCCAACGCCGGGUCAGAUAAUUCAUGGUUGCAGUCACUCAUGGCUGAAAUAAGAACUGCAGCCGAGAAUCUCAGGACUGGAUAUUCAAGGAUAAUGAGGCUCUGCAGGUGCGUUUCUCAGGUGGUGCAAGCUUCAGGGAGAUGAACAGUAUUGACAAGGGAAGGUCAGAAGUGUCACUGAAUUUCUUUAAUGUGUCUAGAAUGCGUACCAGGGUAAUACAAAUGUUCCCUUUUCUUGGUAGAUUGCACGGUACAAAUGAUUUGUUAUGUAUUUUGGUUGGUGGAGAUUGACAGACUUGUGCUUUUUUACCGAAGGUGUUCCUCGUAGGAUGGAGUCGAAUUUUGAUUUGGCAUAUUCUAAAAUCUAAAGUAGACGUGCGUUGUGGGUGGGGCAAGUGGAUUGUUGCCGCUAUCAUGCUGUCAUGUUUCAGGUUAGUAAAUGGGGGAUUAUUCUCUUUCUUAGGUUUGGGCCGGAAUGGUAGUCAGGGAUCAAAUGUUUUGUCCUACGUAAUGGGCGAUUGGAAUCGUGUGGCAAAACAAGAUAUGGCACAUCUCGGUAAUGCCAUUUUUUGA